AUGAGCGGGAGCGGCGCCCCGGGGCCCGGCGCGGCUCCUUGCCGCUUCGCCCACUACUUCGUGCUGUGCGGCAUCGACGCGGAGAGCGGGCUGGAGCCCGACGAACUGGCAGGAGAGAAUUUCGACCAGAGUCCCUUAAGAAGAACCUUCAAGUCCAAAGUUUUGGCCCAUUAUCCGCAGAACAUUGAGUGGAACCCCUUUGACCAGGAUGCUGUCAAUAUGCUGUGUAUGCCCAAAGGGCUGUCUUUCAGGACACAGGCAGAUAACAGAGACCCACAGCUCCAUUCGUUCAUCAUCACCAGAGAAGAUGGCUCUCGUACAUACGGGUUUGUGCUCACUUUCUAUGAGGAGGUCACAAGCAAGCAGAUCUGCACAGCCAUGCAAACACUCUACCAGAUGCAUAAUGCAGAGCAAUACAGCAGUGUCUGCGCAUCUUCCUCAUGCAGCAUGGACUCCCUGGCCAGCAGCAUCGAUGAGGGUGAUGCCACGUCCCUUGCCAAGCUCCAGCGGUACAAUUCCUACGACAUCAGCAGAGACACACUGUACGUCUCCAAAUGCAUUUGCCUCAUCACCCCUCUGCCCUUCAUGCAAGCCUGCAAGAAGUUCCUGAUACAGCUCUACAAGGCGGUGACAUCCCAGCAGCCACCUCCUCUGCCCCUGGAGAGCUACAUCCACAACAUCCUCUAUGAGGUGCCUCUGCCACCCCCAGGGAGGUCACUGAAGUUUUAUGGGGUAUAUGAGCCCAUCAUUUGCCAGAGACCUGGGCCCAAUGAGCUCCCGCUCUCUGACUACCCACUGCGGGAGGUCUUCGAGCUGCUGGGCCUGGAGAACCUGGUCCAGGUUUUCACCUGUGUUCUGCUGGAGAUGCAGAUCCUUCUGUACUCACAAGAUUAUCAGCGGCUGAUGACAGUGGCAGAGGGGAUCACAACACUGUUGUUCCCGUUUCAGUGGCAGCAUGUGUAUGUCCCCAUUCUUCCUGCCUCUCUCCUGCAUUUUCUGGACGCUCCUGUUCCCUACUUGAUGGGGUUGCAGUCCAAGGAGGGAACCGACCGCUCCAAGCUGGAGCUGCCUCAGGAGGCAAACCUGUGCUUUGUGGACAUUGAUAACCAUUUCAUCGAACUGCCAGAGGAAUUCCCCCAGUUCCCCAACAAGCUGGAGUUCAUCCAGGAAAUCUCCGAGGUUCUCCUGCAGUUUGGCAUCCCACCGGAGGGUAACCUGCACUGCAGUGACAGCGCCACCAAACUCAAGAACCUGGUCCUUAGUGACCUGGUGAACGACAAAAAGAACGGGAACAUCCCCAGCAAUGCCCUCAACAUGUAUGAGCUGCUGAAGGGCAAUGAGACGAUCGCCCGCCUGCAGGCCCUGGCCAAAAGAACUGGCGUGACGAUGGAAAAAAUGACCAUCACGGCUCCCCUUGCAGAGAAGGAGAAGGAUGGAAAGUUGCCCUGUGAGGAGGUGGAGCUGAGGGACUACAAACUGAACGUGCAGCUUCGCGAGGUGUUCGCCAACCGCUUCACGCAGAUGUUCGCAGACUAUGAGGCUUUCGUCAUUCAGGCUGCCCCCGAUAUGGAGUCGUGGCUGACAAACAGGGAACAAAUGCAAAACUUUGACAAAGCUUCCUUCCUUUCGGACCAACCUGAGCCUUACCUCCCAUUCCUUUCCCACUUCAUCGAAACACAGAUGUUUGCAACCUUCAUAGACAAUAAGAUAAUCUCCCAGUGGGAAGAGAAGGACCCUUUUCUGCGAGUUUUUGACUCCCGAAUUGAGAAAAUAAAGCUAUAUAAUGUAAGGGCCCCUGCACUGCGGACAUCCAACUAUCAGAAAUGCAGCACUUUGAAAGAAGCAGCUCAGUCCAUCGAGCAGCGGCUGAUGAAGAUCGAUCACACAGCUAUCCACCCACAUUUACUUGAUAUGAAGAUUGGCCAAGGGAAAUAUGAACAAGGAUUUUUCCCAAAGUUGCAAUCAGAUGUCUUGGCAACAGGACCCACCAAUAACAACCGCUGGGCCAGUCGCAGCACCACCACGCAGCGGAGGAAGGACCGCUUGCGGCAGCACUCGGAGCAUAUUGGGCUGGACAACGAUUUGAGGGAGAAAUACAUGCAGGAGGCAAGGAGUUUAGGAAAAAAUUUAAGGCAGCCCAAACUCUCAGACCUCUCUCCAGCUGUGAUUGCACAGACCAACUGGAAAUUUGUGGAAGGGUUACUGAAGGAAUGUCGUGUGAAGACUAAACGUAUGUUGGUAGAGAAGAUGGGCCAUGAAGCAGUUGAGCUGGGACAUGGAGAAGCCAACAUAACAGGUCUGGAGGAAAAUACAUUGAUUGCUAGUCUCUGUGAUCUGCUAGAAAGAAUCUGGAGCCACGGUCUGCAGGUCAAGCAGGGAAAAUCUGCUUUGUGGUCCCAUUUACUUCAGUACCAGGAGAGAGAAGAGAAGCAAGAGCAUAGUGCAGAGUCUCCAGUUGCUAUUGGAACAGAAAGACGGAAGUCUGAUACAGGAAUUAUUCUGCCUACUUUGAGGGUUUCCCUGAUACAAGAUAUGAGGCAUGUUCAGAACAUGAGUGAAAUAAAGACUGAUGUGGGACGAGCCCGAGCCUGGAUAAGGCUUUCUCUGGAGAAGAAGCUUUUGUCUCAGCACCUGAAGCAGCUGCUUUCCAACCAGGCUCUUGCCAAGAAGCUUUACAAGCGUUACGCUUUCCUGCGCUGUGAAGAAGAACGGGAACAGUUCUUGUAUCACCUGCUCUCACUCAACGCUGUGGAUUACUUCUGCUUCACAAGCGUCUUCACCACAAUCAUGAUCCCUUACAGGUCAGUGAUAAUUCCCAUCAAAAAACUGAGCAAUGCAAUAACCACAUCAAACCCAUGGAUAUGUGUAUCAGGGGAACUAGGAGAUACAGGUGUAAUGCAGAUUCCCAAAAAUCACCUAGAAAUGACCUUUGAGUGCCAGAAUUUAGGGAAGCUGACGACCGUUCAGAUUGGUCAUGACAACUCAGGGCUACUGGCCAAGUGGCUGGUUGAUUGUGUCAUGGUCAGAAAUGAAAUAACAGGACACACGUACAAGUUUCCCUGUGGGAGAUGGCUGGGGAAAGGUGUUGAUGAUGGCAGUCUGGAGCGAAUACUCAUUGGAGAGCUGGUGUCCUCCACAUCUGAUGAAGAGCUGGGAAAACAGUGCCGUACCCCACCGCAGCAGAAAUCUCCUACCACAGCUCGACGACUUAGCAUCACGUCCCUCACAGGGAAGAACACCAAACCUAAUGCGGGACAGAUCCAAGAGGGAAUUGGAGAAGCUGUGAACAAUAUUGUGAAGCACUUUCACAAGCCAGAGAAAGAGAGAGGGAGCCUUACCAUUCUGCUGUGUGGAGAGAAUGGCCUGGUUGCAGCUCUGGAGCAGGUCUUUCACCAUGGAUUCAAAUCUGCUCGCAUUUUUCAUAAGAAUGUCUUCAUCUGGGAUUUCAUAGAGAAAGCUGUUGCUUAUUUUGAAACCAGUGACCAGAUUGGAGAUAAUGAGGAGGCCCUUUUGCUUCAGAGAUCUUCAUGCAAAACCUUCUGUCAUUAUGUGAAUGCCAUCAAUACUGCUCCAAGGAACAUUGGAAAGGAUGGCAAAUUCCAGAUUCUGGUUUGCCUGGGGACAAGGGACCACUUGCUCUCUCAGUGGAUCCCACUGCUGGCAGAGUGCCCGCCCAUUACAAGGAUGUAUGAGGAGAAUGCUCUCCUACGGGACCGCAUGACUGUCAACUCCCUUAUCCGAGUCCUACAGACAUUGCAAGAUUUCAAUAUCAUCCUAGAAGGAUCUCUCAUUAAAGGAGUGGAUGUUUAGCAUGGCUUUGCUGAGAACUUCAUUAUUCCUUUCCCAAGCAAGCAAACCACAACUGGAGACCUGUCAGGACUUGAACACGAUGGUAGUGCACCACUGUAAGGCAAAGCUGCCAGCUGAAGCAGGAGUGGGAAGCCCAGUUUGUGCCUGAUGGGGACUGUCCUCUAAAGCUGCAGAAAGCUAAGAUGCAGUAUUGUAGUUUAUUUGAAACAGAAAUUUAGUAUAAAAUAGAGUAUUUUCAUGUGUUAGAUGUGUGUAAAUAUGCUAUCUUCUUUAAGAAAUUAUACUACUCUAUGAAAUUUUUCUUAGACUGAAUGUUCUUGUUCUGACUAUGAGUAGCUUAAACCCAGGGAAGGACUGAGGGGAGGGAAGGACCGAGGUGGGAAGGGAUGCCGCUACUUGCUUGCAAGGAAGAAGCCAAUUAAUGUGUAAAUACAGCGCAAACUCAGCAGGGCUUUUUUCAGGUAUUGCAAAUUAAUACAGCAAAUAUCCUUAUGUAGCCAUUGUGAUUGUCUCACUCUUGGAAAUGUUGUAAGCAUAUAUGCUGUCUUACCCUACUGUACAUGGGCUCUCUUAGUUCUUUGUUUGUUCAAAGACUCAAGCCAUUCCGUGCAUGGAAGUUGUGAGUUGUCAUGGGGUUUUUUUAUUAGGUUUUAUGUGUCACUUCUGUUGAUCUCCGAAAAGGGAGACAAGUAUUGAAAUGUUCAAACACUGGCGAGGAGGACUGCUGUCAGCCUCAGAGCCUGAGAGUAUGAGAGACCUGUGUAGGGGGUGCUGCUGCAGCCUGAGAUGGGGAACGAUGGCUUGCUUGACUCGCUUGGUGUAUCCCUAGCCUAUCUAAAUGUUCUGAUGAUUCCCCCUCACCCUCAGCCAGUUUGUGUUGUGGAUGACUUUUUUUUCCCCCAUGUUAAGGAAUUUGGUUCAUACCAAAUUCUUGCUGUACUUGAGAAGAAUCAUUGCUGUAGAGCCACAAACACCAAUGUUGCUGUGCUACUGAACUAUAUCAGCUGGUUUUGAAAUGCUGACAGAUUACAAGUCUUCCUUUAUCCCGCAGAGUAAGUGCUCCUAGGAAGUACAGGGAUCUUUGAUUGCUACUUUUUUUCUUUUUUCCUUUUUUUCCCCUAGAUUAUCCAGCUAAAAAAAUAGAUAGGGAGGGGGAAGAAAGCAAAAGGAGGGGAAAAAAGAGUCUUACUUUUCUAUUUUGUGGCUCUUCUCCUACACUCUUUCCAGUUAAUGUGUUACUAAUAAAAUGUGUAUAUAUAGAUACAACUCUUGAAGAGGAACUGGGAUCAACUGAAAUCAUGUAUGCUAAAUAUUUAACAAGAGAUUACAUUAAAAUCAUCUUGAGGAUACCAUGCAGGAAAUGCAGGGUAUGUUUUCUGUCUUGUGGAUAGGAGUUGGAAGGAUCUGAGGGCAUAGUUGGCUUCAUCUGGUUUCAGUUUUUGGAGGUUAGUUUAAAUGUAGGUGUUUGUUUCACUUGUUUAUUCCCAUUUUGGCAGCAGAUUUCUGUGGAUGUCUCGCUGUCAGCUGUGGAUUGGGAAAGGCCCUAACUGGUACUGUGAGGUUAUUGCUUUGCGCUGUGCUCUCAAGCGGCAUUAGGAGGGGAAUGGUGGGCAGUAGCAGGUCUUGAUACAGUUUGCAUGUGUCGGAGAGCAGAAUAAGAGCUAACAAAAAGGAAAGAGGAAGAAAAUCAGGGUUUGCUUUCUCCCCAGCCUUUUGCCAAGCUUCUCUGUUUUCCUGUGGUCCUUCUGCUGUCCAGUUCUUACAACAGCACUUGCUUUAGUGUAAAAGGUUCACGUCAUAUUCCCAGCCAGAAGAAAACUCUUCAUGUGACUUUGUUUCAUUAACAGGGAGAGUUUUAUGCUAUAGAAGGGGUUUUUAUUUUUAAGAAAGAAGAAAAACAAUACUGUCAGGGAGUCAUUGAGUUUUAUGAGGGUUCCACUUUUUAAUAACCAUUCUUUCCACCUGGGCUUGUACUUCCUUAAACUGACUGAAUUCAUCCUAAAUACUGUAGGCAGCACUGCCAUGUCACUGCUGUGGGUGUGAGUAACUAAUGUAAAGGCUGUGAAUGGUGUCAUGAGUUAGAAGCCAGAGCCCACAGAUGUGUGACAUCUCUCUUGCGUUUCCAGAAAUGUGAAAUUUGAGGUGUGAGGCUUUUCAGUGUGACCAGGCAAUUCUGCUUAAAGUCAGCAGAAGAGACAUGACAACCUUUCAGCAGCAACUGAAAAUGUGUCCCUAGUACUUUAUCAAUAAAUUACACAUUUAGCACCAGAAACCAUGUGGCAGCAUUAUUUGGUAAUGACUACUUAGGAUGUUUUGAUUUCUAUUGCAACUCAGGCCUUUCAUGUCUAAUUACUGCUAUACAUGAUUUUUUUCAAGCCCAAACCAGUCUAAGUGACUUUCAUUUUACUGAAAUAACAACCUCUUUAGUCUUGGAUUUCUUUGCAGCAUCAUCUGCAUUUGCUAGCUGGAUACUUCUCAAAAGUACACGGCUGCAUACUUCUCCAAAGACUAUUUAGGUCUUCAGCAGUUGUAACAUUCAUCUGACAUGAUUCAGUUUAAGUGCAAGCAGGAUAAAGUAGAAAUACUGGCACCUCUAAAGGUCAAACAUAGAUGAACAAACCACACACAGAGAAAAGGGCAAUAACUAAAUAAAGUGUUUCUUAAGCUAAAACAAGUCAAAACCUGAGAAAUUUUCAAGUUCAAAACAGGACCUUCCCCUCUUUCAAGCUACAUUAAGGAACCUUUAGCACUUAACUUUAACAUAACUUCACGUCGGCAUUUUCAGCAAGUAUUGACUUGUUUGGUUUUGUCAGGUUUCACAUCAUUUACAAUAAAAAUUAUGUAUGUUUAAUAUUUCCCUGUAGGCAAUAAAACACACCCUAAGAUAUGUCAAAAGGGGCAGAGCUGAGUGCCUCAGAUUCCUAGAAGACUUCUUAUUUGACAACUUUGGAAGUACGAUUCUUCGUAGUGAAUUUUUAUUCUACCCUGUAUUUUUUUCCUUAGUAGACCACUUUUGUUUCUUGGAAACCAUGAAUUUUCUUCUCUAAGGUUUAUGACUUAAGGUUUUUCUACCCACUAGGACGGUGAGAAACCCAUCAGGAUUCUUCUAAGCUAACAGUUUUUACUUCAGUGUUAAAGCACCUUCUUUGGUUGAGAAAGGGAAACUUGGAAAAGACCAAAGCUCUCUGGUGUCUGCUUUUUCUUAAAGAAGAAAAAAUCCUAUCCAAUACCCAUCUGCAGGUGUCUGAGUCUGCAUCGUCCUGUUAUACUAACAUCCAGCAUGGUAACUUGAGGGAGUCAGAGAAUCAAAUGCCUCACUAUGUACAAAAUGUGUAUUUAUAAUUCUCUGAAAUGAAUGAAAUUCUACUGUUUAGUGAGAAAUCUACUCAUGUUUAUUCCAAGUUGGUUUGUGUAAUUAGAUAUCAUUGUUCAAAAAUGUCUUUUUAGAAUGGUUGCGCAAUGGCACAUUUGAGAAAAUUCCUUCUUUCAGUCAAGUGAAGGUGCGCAUCUUAAGGGGAAAUAUUGUAUGUUACACUUGAAAUGUACAAAUGUGCCCUGUAUAGCUUAAAAUGAUCCUUAAAUGUCUCCAUUAAGUAUAUUUUGUCUUUACAUUAUUACUAACUGAAUAAGAACUGGGUAAUUUUCAAGACGACAUGAGUAAAAGUAUUGUUAUAUCAAGCACUUUAACGUACAUACCACAAACUGACAUGAGUUUUUCAGGUUUUGAAGUACAUUGAAAUACAGCUUUUCAUGCUAUGUCCUUUACAAAUAAAACUGUGAGAAUAA